CCUCCCUCAUCACCCUUCACACAAACAUAAACACCAAAGCAAGCUUAUAGCCAGCCACCAUGAAGACCAUGUUCAUCCUCGCUCUCCUCGCCUUCACGGCGACAAGCGCUGUUGCGCAGCUGUACACUACCUGUAGCCAGGGCUACGGGCAAUGCCAGCAGCAGCCGCAGCCGCAGCCGCAGCCACAGCCGCAGAUGAACACAUGCGCUGCUUUCCUGCAGCAGUGCAGCCAGACACCACAUGUCCAGACACAGAUGUGGCAGGCAAGCGGUUGCCAGUUGGUGCGGCAACAGUGCUGCCAGCCGCUGGCCCAGAUCUCGGAGCAGGCUCGGUGCCAGGCCGUCUGUAGCGUGGCACAGAUCAUCAUGCGGCAGCAGCAAGGGCAAAGUUUCGGGCAGCCUCAGCAGCAGGUUCCGGUCGAGAUAAUGAGGAUGGUGCUUCAGACCCUUCCGUCGAUGUGCAGAGUGAACAUCCCACAAUAUUGCACCACCACCCCGUGCAGCACCAUCACCCCCGCCAUCUACAGCAUCCCCAUGACAGCUACCUGUGCUGGCGGUGCCUGCUAAGAUCUGUGAUGUGCUAGCUAGAUCGAUCACCGUUUAGUUGAUCGAUGAAGAGCUACAAAAUAAAAGUGCCAUACAUCAUCAUGUGUGGCCAGUACUAUUGCAACUUGGAAAUAACAGACCUCUGUUUCUGAAUAAAGCUUUUGUCCGAAUAAAA